GGCGCCUUCGCAACCUCCAGAGAACCAAACUCAGACGGAAACCAUGCUUUUAAUGAAUCAAUGAACCUCACUAGCAUCAAAAUGAAACGUGGAAGGUCUGUUCUCAACUCCAAAUGCCCCAUCUUCCCCUACCAUGAGAAACCAGGAAAAAGACACAAGCCCAGCUUUGCGCUGUCUCCACCAACGGACUGGGGCAACCUGCCCUACUGCAUUGUUCUGCAGAUCUUCCAGCACUUGUCCCUGGUGGACCGGGCUCGAUCCUCAUCCGUGUGCCGGUGUUGGAACGACGUGUUUCACAUGCCCGACCUGUGGCGACGGUUCGAGUUUGAGCUCAAUCAGCCAGCCACGUCUUACUUGCGCUCCACUCACCCCGACCUCAUUCAGCAGAUCAUCAAGAAGCAUGCCCAACACCUGCAGUAUGUUAGCUUCAAAGUUGACAGUAGCACAGAGUCUGCAGAGGCAGCCUGCGACAUUCUCUCUCAGCUGGUGAACUGCACCAUCAAAACCUUAGGGUUGAUUUCCACAGCGCGGUCCAGCUUCAUGGAUGUGUCUCAGGCCCACUUUGUCUCUGCUCUGACAGUCGUGUUUGUGAACUCCAAGUCUCUGUCGUCCAUCAAGAUCGAUGACACCCCGGUGGAUGAUCCAUCUCUGAAGGUGUUGGUGGCCAACAACAGCGACACCUUGAAGCUUCUGAAGAUGAGCAGCUGUCCUCAUGUCUCCCCAGCAGGCAUUUUGUGUGUGGCAGAUCAGUGCCAUGGCCUCCGAGAACUGGCGCUAAACUACCAUCUCCUCAGUGAUGAGCUCCUGCUUGCUUUGUCCUCUGAAAAGCGCGUCCACUUGGAGCAUCUCCGCAUCGACGUGGUAAGCGAAAACCCUGGCCAGACUCACUUUCACACCAUCAAGAGAAACAGCUGGGAGGCUCUGGUCCGUCACUCCCCCAAGGUCAACAUCGUCAUGUACUUUUUCCUCUACGAAGAGGAGUUUGGGCCCUUCUUCUGCGAGGAGACCCCGGUCACCCACCUGUACUUUGGCCGGGCAGUGAGUAAAGAAAUGCUGGGCCGCAUCGGGCUGAACUGCCCCCGGCUGGUGGAGCUGGUGGUGUGCGCCAACGGCCUCAAUCCACUGGACGAGGAGCUGAUCCGCAUCGCAAAGCGCUGUAAAAGCCUGACAGCCAUCGGGCUGGGUGAGUGCGAGGUGACCUGCAGUGGCUUUGUGGAGUUUGUGAAGACGUGCGGGGGCAGACUGACGCAGCUGUCGAUCAUGGAGGAGGUGUUGAUUCCAGAUAACAGCUACAACAUGGAGCAGAUCCACAGUGAGGUGUCGAAGCACCUGGGCCGCCUGUGGUUCCCUGAUAUGAUGCCCACCUGGUAAAGUGAUAGUAAAUGGACACCAGCCAGUGACAGCAUAACCUAUCUGGACAUCGAAUAAGGGAACUGUUAGGCCUUAUUCAAACAAACAUUGUUUUUCCAAAGCUAUGUUGCUAUUUGACUUUUUGAAAAGUUUCUUUAAAACACCAAAUAAUUUCUAGAAAUAUCAUCAUUCUUUAUCUAUUUCAGU